UCUUUCUCCUCCCAGCUCGCUCCCGCACGGCCGCCGCCGGCGCGCUCGGGCCGUUUGUGGGCUCGGCGCCACGUCGCGACCCCCGCCCGGCCGCCCCCCCCCGCGCCCCCGGGAGCCGAGAGACCCCCCACGGCCCGCCGAGUGCCGCCCGGGAGACGCGCCCCGGCCGGUCCAUCUUAAAAGAUUAAGGGGUGUGACUGGAGGUUUUUGACUCGAUGAGUUUCCACCGAAAUGUCGGAGAAGUCAGGCCAGAGCACGAAAGCAAAGGAUGGGAAGAAGUACGCGACGCUCAGUUUAUUUAACACGUACAAGGGCAAGUCGCUGGAGACUCAGAAGACCACGGUUGCAGCUCGCCAUGGACUGCAGAGUCUUGGGAAAGUGGGAAUCUCGCGGCGAAUGCCUCCCCCCGCCAACCUGCCCAGCCUCAAAGCAGAGAACAAAGGCAACGACCCCAACGUGAACAUUGUCCCCAAAGACGGCUCUGGCUGGGCCUCAAAGCAGGAGCAGCAUGAAGAGGAAAAAACACCAGAAGCUCCACCAGCACAACCAAAACCUGGGGCUCCGGCUCCCCCAGAAGUAGCACCUGCUCCCAAAUCCUGGGCCAGUAACAAGCAAGGUGGGCAAGGAGAUGGCAUCCCAGUGAACAGCCACUUCCAGCAGGAGUUCCCCAGCCUGCAGGCGGCCGGGGACCAGGAGAAGAAGGAGAAGGAUGCGAGUGACGACAGCUACGGGCCCGGCCCCAGCCUGCGGCCUCCAAAUGUGGCCUGUUGGCGAGACGGCGGGAAGGCUGCUGGCUCCCCGGCAGCGUCCGACCAGGAGGAGAAAGGCCCCAGCCCUGAGGAGGGCCCAGCGGGGAGCUCAGAGCAGAGUGACAUCCUGCGCGUGGUGGAAAAGCGCAUCGCCUACGGGCCCCCGCAGGCCAAGCUCAACGGCCAGCAGGGCCUGGGCGCCCGCGCCGGGCUGCCGCCCUACGGGAACCUGAUGUUCCAACAGUACCCGAGGAUGGCGUACCCGCCUCUCCACGGUCCCAUGAGGUUCCCGCCUUCUCUCUCCGAAUCUAACAAGGGCGCGCGGGGCAGGGGCCCGCCCCCGUCCUGGGCCUCGGAGCCCGAGCGCCCGUCCAUCCUCAGUGCCUCUGAGCUCAAGGAGCUGGACAAGUUCGACAACCUGGACGCCGAGGCCGACGAGGGCUGGGCAGGGGCGCAGAUGGAGGUGGAUUACACGGAACAGCUGAACUUUAGUGACGACGACGAGCAAGGGAGCAGCAGCCCGAAGGAGAGCGGCAGUGAGGAUCAAGCUUCAAAACCCACAGAGAACAGUGAAAACCGGAAAGAGACAGAAGACGCUGGCAGCACGAAGUCGUCCCAGGCGCCCACCCAGCCUCCGGUGACCAAGGCGCCCUACGGGAAAGGCCCUGCUUUCCCUCAGGAGCGUGGACCGUCUUCACACCUGCCUCAGCCUCCGAAGUUGCUGGCACAGCAGCACCCUCCCCCGCCAGACCGGCAGGCCGGCCCCGGGCGAUCGGGCCCUCCACCGCCCCGGCAGCCGGUCCCUGACGAGGACGAGAUCUGGAAGCAGCGGAGGAGGCAGCAGUCGGAGCUCUCGGCUGCCGUGGAGCGCGCGCGGAAACGCCGCGAAGAGGAGGAGCGGAGGAUGGAGGAGCAGAGGAAGGCGGCUUGUGCCGAGAAGCUGAAGCGGCUGGACGAGAAGCUGGGCAUCGUGGACAGGCAGCAGCAGCAGCAGCAGCAGCAGCCGCCGCCACCCCCGCCCCCGCUGCCACCCCCACCCCCGCCGCCUCCCGAGGGGCCCCGGGACAGGGAGCUGGAGAGGCCGCGGGAGAAGGAGCAGGAGGUGGAAACGGAGCAGGAGAAGCCGCGGGAGCCGGAGAAGGAGCAAAGGCCGGAGAAGGAGAAGGAGCCGGAGCAGCAGCAGGACAGGGACAGAGAGCUCCAGAAGCUGAGAGACCAGGAGAAGGAGACCGAGUCGGAGAAGGCUGGGGAGGAGGUGCGGGAGAAGACGGAGCCCGAAGAACCGCCCGCAGCGCCUGCCGUGGAAGAACCGGAAACUGAGAGCAGCGCUAAGAAAGAGGACGACCCUGUUGUCGCCAGACAGGACAGUCGCGGAGAGAAGGAGACCCCGCCGGUGGCACAUGAGGCGGAACCGGAACCGGGGGCGCAGCCUCGGCCCGCGGUGCUGUCGGGUUACUUCAAACAGUUCCAGAAGUCGCUGCCGCCUCGCUUCCAGAGGCAGCAGGAGCAGCUGAAGCAGCAGCAGCAGCGGCAGCAGCAGGGGGUUCCCUCUCCGCCGUCGGGGGGCGCUGUGCCCCCGCCCGCACACCGGCCCCUCUACCAGCCCAUGCAGCCCCCUCCCCCGCACCUGCCCCCCAUGGGCUUCGACCCCCGGUGGCUCAUGAUGCAGUCGUACAUGGACCCGCGGGUGAUGUCCGGGAGACCCACCAUGGACAUGCCGCCCCUCCACCCCGGCAUGAUUCCGCAGAAGCCGCUGCUGCGCCGCGACCAGCUGGAUGGCGCGCCUGGCGGCUCCGAGUCCUUCGAGCACGCGGCUCGCUCGGCACGGGACCGGGCUGUGUCGCUCUCGGAGGCGCGGGUGGCGUGGGGCGCCGAACCCUACCCUCACGCUGAGCCCCAGCAGGCCGCCGCCCCCAAGGCCCCCGAGGACGCCCAGGACGGAAGGCCUGACGCCGCGCCCGAGCAGGAGCAGAUGGCCGCAGUGUACCCCGUCGGCCAUGGGCAGGCGGAGGCCCCGCCGAAAGCCGAGGGUGCCUGCGAGCCUGGCCCGCCGCACGUCCCCGAGCCUGCUGGCAGAGCCUCGGAGGACGCACGGCCCGCCCCCGCCAAGCCCGACAGCCAGCCUGCUGGCCCCGAGCCCGCCCACCCGAAGGUGCUCGCCGCCCCUGAAGAGCGGGGCCCGGCCGCCGAGAGCCAGCCCAUCCGCAAGAGGAGCGUGUCCCACGGGCCCGGCCAGGCGCAGCGGCCCGAGGAGCUGCCGGGCGUCCCCAAGGCCCCUGGCAGGGAGCCCCCAGAGAGGCCGGACGAGAGGCCACGGAAGGACGGCUUCCCGCGCAUGGCCGAGGGCCCGAAGCCCGAGAAGCCCUACAAGCCCAAGUCGGAGACGCGCUGGGGUCCGCGGCCUGGCGCCAGCCGGCGGGAGGACGGCGGCGACCGGCCCGUGAGGCGCUCGGGGCCCAUCAAGAAGCCGGUGCUGCGGGACAUGAAGGAGGAGCGGGAGCAGCGCCGGGAGAAGGACGGGGACAGGGUGGACAAGGGCCCCGAGAAGGCCGCCAGGCCCGAGAAGCCGGAGAAGAAGGAGCCGCCGCCCGCGGCCCCGCAGCCUGAGCCCGAGAAGGCGCCUGCGCCCGAGCCCGCCCCCACCGCCCCCAAGCCGCCGCCGGAGCCCGAGAAGCCCCCGGAGCCCCCGAGUGUGGCUGAGGCCGAGCCGGCGGCCAAAAGUGGGAGCCAGCCGGCGGCCACGGGCACAGCCACGGCGGCCAAGGAAGAGAAACCCGCCGAGAAGGCGGGCGGCAAGGAGGCGGCCGCAGAGCGGGUGCGGCCCGAGUCCCGGCCGGUGCUCCGGAAGGACGCCACGCUGCCGCCGCGCUCCUACUGGAAGGACGCCCGCGACCGGGACUGGUCCCCCGAGCAGGGCUGCCGGGGCCGCGGGCGCGGCGAGUACUACUCCCGGGGCCGCAGCUACCGUGGCUCCUACGGGGGCCGCGGCCGGGGCGGCAGGGGCCACCCCCGGGAGUUCCCCCCGUACCGUGACCACAAGCCGCGGCCUGAGCCCGCCCCCCCGGGGCCCCCCCGGCCGCGGGAGGAGAGCGAGACGCGCAGCGAGAGCUCCGACUUUGAGGUGGUCCCCAAGCGGCGGCGCCAGCGCGGGUCCGAGACUGACACGGACAGCGAGGUCCCCGAGAGCGACCGGGACAGCGCGGGCAAGGGCAAGGCGCCCCGCCGCGACGAGCGGCCCGACGGCAGGAAGCCCGCCAAGCCGCCGGCCGCCUUCAAGCCCGACGGCCGCGCUGACGCCAGGCCGCCCGACAAGCCCUUCGCGGGCGGGCGCGACGAGGACAAGGCCCGGCCCGGCUUCCUGCCCAAGGGCGAGCCCACUCGCAGGGGCCGCGGCGGCACCUUCCGCAGGGGCGGCCGCGACCCCGGGGGCCGCCCCACGCGCCCCGCCCCACUGCGCAGGCCGGCCUACCGCGAAGGCCAGUGGACCCCCAGGCUGGCCGAGGGCCCGAAGCCGGAGGACGGGGACCCGCCCCGCCGGCACGAGCACUUCCUGCCCCUGCCCGCCGACAAGCGGCCCCCCAAGUUCGAGCGGAAGUUUGACCCGACCCGGGAGCGGCCCCGACGGCAGCGGCCUGCCCGGCCCCCGCGGCAGGACAAGCCCCCGCGCUUCCGGCGGCUGCGGGAGAGGGAGGCGGCCGCCAAGCCUGGGGAGGCCCCCGCGCCCGCCAGCGGCACCCCCGGCCCGGAGCCGGCCAGCGCCACCGCCUCCGGGGAGGCCUCCGGGACCAAGACGCCUGACUUGUCCAACCAGAACUCAUCCGACCAGGCCAACGAGGAGUGGGAGACGGCCUCCGAGAGCAGCGACUUCAACGAGCGCCGGGAGCGGGACGAGAAGAAGAACGCCGACCUGAGCGCGCAGGCGGCAGCCAAGGCUGGGGAGAGCGUGCCGGCCGCCCGGCGGGAGCUGGCCAAGAGGAGCUUCUCCAGCCAGAGGCCCGGCGCCGACCGCCAGAACCGGCGCGGCAACGGCGGCCCGCCCAAGGCCGCCCGCAACUUCUCGGGCCCCAGGAGCGAGAGGAGAAGCGGGCCGCCGCCCCGGGCCGGGAAGCGGGGGCCUUCGGAUGACCAGCCUGCGGGCGCCCCCAGUGCCGAUCCCGCCAACGGCACCAGCACUGCACACCACCAGGAAGGGGCCCCCAACGGUGCAGGGCAGAAGAGUGCCAAGGAGUCUGCAGGGAAGAAGAGGGAGGACCCCAAGCCCGGCCCCAAGAAGCCCAAGGAGAAAGUGGACGCGCUGUCGCAGUUCGACCUCAACAAUUAUGCAAGCGUUGUGAUCAUUGACGACCACCCUGAAGUCACAGUCAUCGAAGACCCCCAGUCCAGUCUGAACGAUGACGGCUUCACGGAAGUAGUGUCCAAAAAACAGCAGAAACGCCUCCAGGACGAGGAGCGCCGGAAAAAGGAGGAGCAGAUCGUGCAGGUGUGGAACAAGAAGAACGCAAACGAGAAAGGGAGAAGUCAGACGUCGAAGCUGCCGCCGCGAUUUGCCAAAAAACAGGCGACUGGGAGUCAGCCAGGGCCGCCCGCAGCCCCUGGCCCGGCCCCGACAUCUGGCUCCCCCGCGGCCCAGCUCCCAGCCGCGGCCCCUGCUCCAACCUCGGCCUCCCCCGCGGCCCCCGUGCCCCCGGCCACCGCAGCCGCGGCCACCACCGCUUCGGUGCCUGCUCCGACGCCCGCCCUGGCGGCGGCCUCUCUGCCGGCCCCCGUGUCCAUCCUGGCCACGGCCUCGAUGCCCGUCCUCGCUUCUGCCCUGGCCCCGGCGUCCACUUCGGCCCCCGCCAGCUCGGCCCCCGCUGCCCCGGCCAGCUCGGCCCCGGCCACCGCCCCCUCCACGGCGCUGUCCCCCGCCGCCGUCCCCGUGCCCAGCCCCAGCCCGGCUCCCGUGGCCGCCCCGGCCCAGCCCCACAAGCCCGCGCAGGCCUCGCUGCCCCCCGCCACGCAGCCCCCCAAGCCGCCGCCGCCCUCCAUCCGGCUUCCUGCCGCCCAGGCCCCCAACGGCACAGAGUUCGUGGCCGCGGGAAAGUCCCUGCAGACUCCGCAGGCGCACGGUGCUCUGGCCGCUGAGCUGUGGGACAGCAAGGUGGCCCCCACGGCUGUGCUCAACGACAUCUCCAAGAAAUUAGGUCCCAUCAGCCCGCCCCAAGCCCCUUCGGCCAGCGCCUGGAACAAGCCCCUGACGUCCUUCGCCUCGGCUGCGUCCGCAGAGGGAGCCAAGAAUGGGCAGGAAAGCGGUGUCGAAAUCGGAAUAGAUACAAUCCAGUUUGGCGCACCCGCUUCUAACGGGAACGAAAACGAAAUCGUCCCUGUGCUCUCUGAGAAGACUUCGGACAAGAUCCCCGAGCCGAAAGAGCAGCGGCAGAAGCAGCCGCGGGCGGGGCCCAUCAAGGCCCAGAAGCUCCCAGACCUGAGCCCCGUGGAGAACAGAGAGCACAAGCCCGGCCCCAUCGGGAAGGAGCGCUCGCUGAAGAACAGGAAAGCCAAGGACGCGCCGCCCGCCGGGCCCGAGGGGCAGGAGAAGCCCGGCCCGGCCCCCACCCGCAGCUCGGACCCGGUGAUGGCGAAGGAAACCAAAGCCGUCCCCGAGAUGCCCACGGAGCUGGGGACCAUGAUCGCCGUCCCCGCGGCCGACUACGGCACCAGCGCCAAGGCGUCUGUGACCGACUAUACCACGCCUUCCUCGUCUCUGCCCAGCACUGUGGCCACUAACAAUGCGAAGAUGGAGGAGACUUUGGUUAACAAUAUGGAGUCCGCGCGCAAGGCCUGGGAGAACUCUCCGAACGUGCGGGACAAGGGCUCCCCCGUCACGUCCACGGCGCCGCCCAGCAGCAGCGCCAGCGGGCCCAGCCCGGGCAGCUACAGCUCCUUCCCCAGCGCCGCGGGGCCUCCGAUUCCCGUGGCCUCCGUCACACCCACCGCCUCGCUCUCAGGAGCCGGCACCUAUACUACCUCCUCCCUGAGCACCAAGUCGACGAGCACGUCGGACCCGCCCAACAUCUGCAAGGUGAAGCCGCAGCAGCUGCAGAGCGGCAGCAUGCCCUCCGCUGGCCACUUCGCCCAGUUGGGCUGCGUGCCCCCCCUACUCCCCCAGCAGCAGCAGGCGCCCCAGGUCUACGUGCCACAGUCGGCUGCCCCAGCUCAGAUCCCAACGUUCUACAUCAGCGACACGAGCCACCUAUUCAGCACGCAGCACGCGCGCCUGGCGCCUCCCUCCCUGGCCCAGCAGCAAGGCUUCCAGCCCGGCCUCUCGCAGCCGGCGUCUGUGCAGCAGAUCCCCAUCCCCAUCUACGCCCCGCUGCAGGGCCAGCACCAGGCCCCGCUGAGCCUGGGGGCCGGCCCCGCUGUCUCCCAGGCCCAGGAGCUGUUCAGCUCUUCGCUGCAGCCGUACAGGUCGCAGCCGGCCUUCAUGCAGAGCGGUCUCUCUCAGCCGUCCGUGGUCCUCUCCGGCACGGCCAUGCACAGCUUCCCGGCUGUCCAGCACCAGGAGCUGGCCAAGGCCCCGGCGGGCCUGGCCUUUCAGCAGACGUCCAGUACCCAGCCGAUCCCCAUUCUGUACGAGCACCAGCUGGGCCAGGCUUCCGGGCUUGGGGGCUCCCAGCUGAUCGACACGCACCUUCUCCAGGCUAGAGCGAACCUCACCCAGGCCUCCACGCUGUACUCGGGCCAGGUCCAGCAGCCGGGCCAGACCAGCUUCUACAACACCGCCCAGUCGCCCAGCGCUCUGCAGCAGGUAAACUGCAGCAUGGUCCCAGUCCCGCUGCCCGCGUCCCAGAUCUCCCUGCCGAGCUUCGGCUCCACGGGGCAGCCUCUGAUCGCGCUGCCGCAGACCAUGCAGGCCCCGCUGCAGCACGCCGCCCCGCCCGCCCAGGCCCAGGGCGUGAGCCGGCCGGCCCCCGUGAGCCAGCCCUUCCGGGGGCUCAUCCCCGCGGGCCCCCAGCACAGCAUGAUGGCGGCCACGGGCAAGAUGUCCGAGAUGGAGCUGAAGGCCUUCGGGAGUGGCAUGGACAUGAAGCCGGGCACGCCGCCCAUCAGCGGCCGGAGCAGUGCCGCCGCCUCCAGCCCCUUCCGGGCUACUUCCACAAGUCCGAACAGCCAGUCCGGCAAAAUGAGCGGCCUUGUCUAUCAGAAGCAGUUCCAGUCAGCCCCUGCCACUGUGAGAAUGACUCAGCCAUUUCCUACACAGUUUGCACCCCAGAUUCUCUCUCAGCCUAACCUGGUCCCUCCAUUGGUAAGAGCCCCACAUACUAACACCUUUCCAGCACCUGUGCAGCGGCCGCCCGUGGCCCUGGCCAGCCCGAUGGCUCCUCCGCUCACCACAGGCCCCCUGAGCCAUGCUCGCUUGCCACACGCAGCCAGGGGCCCCUGCGGGGCCCUCCCCGGAGCCCGAGGGAGUCCGGCCCAGGCUGCGCUGAAGGCUGAACAGGACAUGAAGGCCAAGCAGAGAGCAGAGGUUCUUCAGUCCACGCAGCGCUUCUUCUCCGAGCAGCAGGGCAAACCGAUAGGCAGCAAGGGCCCCAAGGCGGACGGCGAGCCCGGCAAGGCUCUGGAUACGCUGGCCGACCCGCCGGGGGGCGGCCCCGACCAGGCGGAGGAGAAGCCGCCGCCCGCGCCCGCCCUCGCCCCAAAGCCCGUGCGGACUGGACCCAUCAAGCCUCAGGCCAUCAAGACCGAGGACACGAAAUCCUAAGGGGGCGGGGAGGGGAGUGGGCAGCGGGCAGGCGCAGAGGACACUGACCGCCGCCCCCUCCCCCCCCCAGCGCAUGUCUGUCGAACCCGAGCCCGGAGCCAGGGGGCCAGAGGCGCUACAGGGGCCAGGCCUCCUGUCCCCCCCGGGGCGGCCGGUGCCCGGGGGUUGCCGCCUGGGUCUCGUGGCAGCUGGCGUUGGCACACGGCCACCGCCAGCGGCAGCUGUCCCUCCCCGGCCCCCGGGGCAUCACCAAGUGGCUGGUGCUGGCGUGGCGCCCGCAGCCCCCCGAGGCUGUCUGUCGGGGUCCAGUGGUCGGGCUUCUCUGUGCUCCCCCCCUUUGCCUAUUUUUUAAAAAACAAAAAAGAAAAAAUUACACCAACGGUUUUUAGCUGAUGUUCGUGCUGAGCCGUGAGCACCGAGCGGCCCCGCGGCGGCAGAGGCCCCGUCCGGGGCGCGCGGAGUCACGGCUCCAGUAACGCCUUGGAACCCUGGCGCCAUCCGCCCCGUCCGUGAGUGUCCUUUGGGCCUACGUGUCCCCGUGUCGUCGCCGUGCUUUAUCAGAGCUCUUUGUAAUGACGUUAUUCUAGAAUGUUUCCUUUGCAGAUGAUGAUCGAGAAGAAAAAAAAAAUGGUGCCAGGUACCACCACAGUGACGGAACUUUGCUGUUUUCUGGGGUUUUGUUUUUUACUUUUUUUUUUUUUCCUUUUUUAAAAUGGAGUGUGCUGAUGUCUCUAAUUUGUUCAGAUGACUGCAGAACUCAGAAACGCUGUUGCUGCUAUUGAUGCGUGACUUCCUGCUAUUGGUCUUUUUUUAUAUAAAUAUAAAUAUAUAUAUAUAUACAUAUAUAUAUAAUUUGAAUUUUUGGAAACUUUAGUGUGCCGUCAACUUUGGAAAAAAAAAAGUAUCCCAGUUCUACCGUGUCGGGUUGGCAUUGUACAGAAAUUCACAGCCAUAUUGGUCUAGAAACGGGGAGCAUCUUAUCCCUCUCUUUCCAUUUGUACAGGGGUAAUCGCAUUGUAUUAAAUAUGUAAGGUCUUAUCUACGUGGGUUUGAUUACAGAAACUAAUAAAGUUUUCUCUACAUAA